CGCUGUUGACUUUGCUUACAUGAUGAAAUAUCAUAUAUCUCACAAGUAUUUUGCCAAAAAAUGACAUGUAACUAAAUUCAAGAUUAUUUGGUUUAGAAGUGGGUUACAAAUAGCCGGACUAUAUCGGGUCUAUAGUUAAACUAGACGUUGAAAUGACGACUAUUGCUUGCUGGGUUUUGUCCAUUCACGUGUAUAGGAUAGCUUGCUUUUAGAGAGAGAGAACCACGCGCAUGCCACAGACGCCAGCAGAGCUGUGGUUUAGCCUAUAUAGCGUGCUAUUUUUAGAUGACUUUGUGAGAGGACCUAACCUGGAACUUCGUCUGCAAAGCGGAAUAUGUUUAAGGAACAACUGUCUUUCCUCUUUCUUCCCGACAGGUCUUCAAAAUGAUUGCUUUUUUGCUACUUAUGGCCUUUGUCUUGCCUCAAAGUCACUCAGCGGAUACAAACUCUAAGCCCUGUAUGCCAGCGAGACACAACAACGCUCAUAAUGUUUUCCUCAAGCGCCAUAUUCCCGAUGACGUGCCAAGAACGUGGGACAAUAAUGCCUGGGAAACCUUCCUGAGAAAGAUUAAAACGUGUGACAGACCGACGCAGUCAUUUUUCCGUGCAAGCGAGAAGCAGCGGGUGGAAAAUGUGUGUACUAAAGCCGGGGGUAAGACCUUGUCCGGUAACCUGUGUAUCAGUAAAGAGAAAUUCUCUUUCGUAACGGUGCGGGUCAAUGUCAAUGAGGGAGCGUGUGGGAUCAGAAACAUCAACAAUGAGACCAAACACAUCAUCCUCGCCUGUGAACAGAUAGGAGAUGUCUGUCAACCCGUUCACUUUGAAGGAAACCCUCAAAGCACAGCGCCAAGCAAUAACCAGCUGGACUGCGGCUCUAAAGGAAGCUCUGGGACUAAAACCACAGUGAUAACUGUGUUUACUUUUCUGCUUCCUUUAAUAGCGAUGGUUUACAUUUUGUAAGAGGCGAAACUAUAUUUUCAGUGCUACUUCUGUACGUUAAAAAGCAUGCACUUCUUUGUUUUGUUUAUAUUUGUUUGCUUUUAAUAUUUGUUAUAAUAAAACCGUUUUAAA